AUGCCGGCACCUAUGCUUUAUGGCCGCACUAUUCCGUUUGGACCUUACACUCCAGAGGAUCUAGUACAGGCACGCCGCGAGAAUCCAGAAGAGAAGCUGGCGUCCAGGGCUUUGGAAAAAUACGCCCACGCUAAUUGGAACGGAUCAGCCAGCAACAAAUGGUUCUGGAAAAACAACUGCCGCUACACUUGCGGUGAUGACAUCAUCUAUAAUCAGAUCUGGGUACCCAGAACCAAAGAAGUUCGUUGUCCUUACAACGGUAAGAAGUACUUGGUUCCACUGGGUGGUCCCCCAACGCUGUCACAGAUCGAUGUACCAAAGCCACAGAGGCUUUCAAAGCUACUUGCUCACAAGAGCGAUAUGGAAUGGUGCUUGCCUCGUGAUCAUCCCCGUCAUCUUUUAAACUUCCCGCAAGAAAUUCUGGACGCAAUUUUUGGGUUCACAUUGAGCACUCAGAAUUUCAUUGUUGCACCUGAUGUCUCUACCUCGAACAAGAUGGACAAGUAUGAAGACUCUAAACUCCAUUCAACCUACACGUUGGUGGAGGCAGGUUAUCGUAUGGCUCAACCAAAUACGCCUCAUUUCGAAUCUCUCGAUAUAAGCACAGUGAUACACGAGCAACGAUAUGAUGCACAGGGAAAGUACUUCGUUCUUCGCAGAGUUUGCCGCCAUUUGAUCGACGCAACAAUUCUGCGGGUCUGCAAGAGCAUCUGUGACCAGGGGAAUGAACUUUUAUAUGCAGGAAACGAAUUCAAGUUCUCAACAACAAAGACCGGCAAAUUGGGUGCCGCAGAAAGCUUGUUUGAAGAUGGGUUAAUUCCAAGCCCUGGGUCGCAUAGGUCAUUUUGCCAGGGAAGAGACUGCCAAAAAGCCACAGAGAUACGACAAGAAAUGGCCGAUGAUGCUAUCAGUAUCAUACAAAACAGAACACCGGUGCAAGAUCUGUACUUUGAUAUGUAUCACGAUCUCUUUGUACGAUUCCUUCGUGCCAUUGGGCCAAGCAAGGCCGCGAUGAUCAAGACUCUGCAUUUUAGCGGACCCAUCAAGCAACACUAUUGCUCUCAGGACUCCAGUUGUACGAAAGCUUACAAGUGUUGCGAAGAUGACUUGAUCGAAAGUCUUCUUUUAUACAUUACUCUCAUCAAGAAGUUUUGCAAGAACUUGCAAAAGUUAGUAAUUGUCAUGAGGAAAGACUUCGAAACAAGCGAUAGCUUCAGGGGAGGGCGAACAUUCUAUGACUACGAAGAACGAGGACGCCAGUGCUAUGCACGCCUGCAAGACUUGCUAGAAAAUCAAAUCAGAGAGUUGAACACGGUUCAACAUCUAGAGGUCUAUGAGGUUCACCGGGAUGAAGUAGAGUGUGCGAAAGAAACAGAGGCAUGGUUUUCUGAGAGAACUCGCCUGCGGGGACUUGAGGCACUUCAAAAGGCAAAACUGUAG